UUAGAGAAGCGAGGUGAUAUAUUCUUCUUAACCAUCACCGGGGACGAUGAGCACCGCCUGAACCCUAACCUCAUCGAAUCACUCCGCUCAGCUCUUCGCAAAGCCCGAGAACAGUCAACUCGAGGCUCAGCUCUCAUUACCACCGCUCGCGGCAAGUUCUUCUCCAACGGCUUCGAUCUCGCAUGGGCCGAAUCCGCCGGCUCCUCCUCCGCCGCCGCCGCCCAUGAUCGCCUCCACCACUUGAUAAACCUCUUCAAGACACUGAUUGCGGACCUAAUCUCCCUCCCGAUGCCGACGAUCGCCGCCGUGACAGGCCACGCCGUCGGCGGCGGAAUGAUGUUGAUGAUAAGCCACGACUACGUGUUCAUGAGGAGCGAUAGAGGUGUGCUGUAUAUGAGCGAGCUGGAUAUAGGGAUGGCGUUCCCGGACAACACGUUGGCGCUGGUUAGGUCGAAGGUCGGAUCGGCGGCGGCGGGGAGGGAGUUGGUGUUGAAAGCGUCGAAAGUGAGGGCGGAGGAGGCGGUGGCGAUGGGGAUUGUGGAGGAGGCGCAUUGUAGCGCGGAGGCGACGGUGGAGGCGGCGGUGAGGCUAGGGGAGAAGUUGGGGAAGAGGAAAUGGAACGGCGAGGUGUAUGCGAAAAUACGUAAAGCUUUGCAUCCGGAGCUAUGUGGCGUUCUGGGAUUGGCCAGUAAAUCUGUACUUUCUUAA